AGAAAAUAGAAGGGUUGAAACUAUUCAAAAAAUAAUUCAAGAAAGUUCUUCAGGCCGGGCAUGGUGGCUCAUGCCUGUAAUCCCACACUUUGGGAGGCCAAGGCGGGUAGAUCACCUGAAGUCAGGAGUUUGAGACCAGCCUUGCCAACAUGGUGAAACCCCGCCUCUACUAAAAAUGCAAAAAUCAGCUGGGCAUGAUGUGGCGUGCCUAUAAUUCUAGCUACUCAGAAGGCCGAGACAGGAGAAUCACUUGAACCCAAGAGGCGGAGGUUGCAGUCAGCUGAGAUCGCACCACUGCACUCCAGCCUGGGUGACAGAGCAAGGCUCUGUCUCCAAAAAAAAAAAAAGGAAAUUCUUCAGAGCUGAAGGACGUGAGUUUUCAUAUUGAGAGGCGUCACAGGGUCUCCUACAUAAGGGGUUUAGAAAGUCCCAUACCAAGACACAUCAUUAGAAAACGCUGGAAUUCCAAGGACAAAAAGAAGAUUCUAAAUACAUUCAGAAAGGAAAUAGUAUGCCUCAUCAAACAGGUAAAAUAUCAGACUUCCCAAUAGCUGCACUGGAAGCUAGGAGAGCAACAUCUUUAAAUUUCUAAGGAAAAAAUAUUUUCAAUUUAGAAUUCUAAACCUAGUCCAAUAUCAAUCAUGUAUGAGGUUGAAAGAAUUGUAUAGAUAUUCAUGAUCUGGAAGCUGCAGGAGGAUGUGUUCACCCAAAAUGAAAGUGUAAAAUGAGAAACAGGAUGUCAUGGGACCAAAAAAAAAAAAGAGGAUCCAAUACAGAGGAGAACUGAAAGGAAUUUUGAGGUUAAGAAAAGGAAAUCCCAGGGCGACAGCUGGGUGGCAGAUUUUGAGAGCAGCCAGUCCAGACUGCAGCAAGGGGAGAGAGAGCUCCAGGAAGGAUAUCUUCCAAAAAAGGGUUUACGCUGGCAGAACAUAUGGAGAGGAGAUUUCCAUUUCUGAAGCAGGGUUUGGGAUGAUUUCAGUAGAGGCACAGUCUCGCUCUGUCACCCAGGCUGGAGUGAAGUGGUCCAAUCUCAGCUCACUGCAACUUCUGCCUCCCAGGUUCAAGCAAUUCUCUGCCUCAGCCUCCCGAGUAGCUGAGAUUACAGGCUGAUAGGCAGAAGUGACGUGCCUUGUGUCAGAUGAGACUUUGGACUUGGACUUUUGAGUUAAUGCUGGAAUGAACAUGCUUGCUUCCCCUUUGUCCUUCUGCCAUGAUUGUGAGUUUCCUGAGGCCUCCCCAACCAUGCAUCCUGCACAGCUUGUGGAACUAGACUCAACUGUGUGGGUUAAGACUUGGCCAUGGCACACCAAGGAUACCCCGUCUCUGCUCUGUAAUGUCUGAGGAUUCAGCUGGAAGACUUGAGAACUGGAGGAUGGGAUCAACUGAAGGCUCAUUCAUUCACUCAUCUAUCCUGGUUCCAGAAGCAGAUGAACAGACAAGGAGACAAGCAGAGGAAUGUCAAAAUGCUGCGGCAGAAAGAGAGAAGAGGAGGAAUGUCUCAACACUAAGAGUUUAGCCUGGGGCGGUUCAGCUGCCGGAAGGCCAAACUCCAGGAGAAGACCAUCUUCCUACUCCAUCCUCCCUUCAGGUUCUCCAUCCAUCCGGCUGAGAGCCACCUCCGCCAUUCAGUAAGACCCCCACAUUUAUCCUUCAAGUGCAUGUGUGACCCAGUUCUUCCAGGAUGCUGGACAAGAGCUUGGGAUACAUAAAGCUGUCACACUGGCCCUCUGCCCUUGCUCGUUAACACUCAAGCCAUUCGCAGACGGCUAAAAGAGCACAUUGUAACACGUGCCCACUUGGACUCCUGCACCUGCCCAUCUGCAUGCUUCCCAUCCUGUAAGGGGUUUGAGCGGUGUCAGCAAUCUAACAGACAAGCCACACCCUUGUUUCAUGUCCUGUGAGAGGGGUCAGGGAACUCCUCUGUUUCAUCAUUACCCAACUUUGGAACUCAAGAAAGGACUCACAGGGAAAUUCUUGCAGAAUCUCAUGGAAAAUCUCACAUGUAUUUGUGAAAAUACAAUGUGGAUCUGUGAGAUCCCACUUCAACACAGGCCACGGGGCCACCUUCUGCACCCACAUGGGUUGUUUUAAGUCUUCCUUAGUCUCCUUGAGAAUAACAUGAUGCUAUGAUGUUGGCAGGAAUCUUCCACACCUUCCAAAACAUGACAAUAUGGGUCAAGCCCGUGCAGAGACUGUGGCUCCUGCUUUGGGAGUCACCUGGAAUUGUUGAGAGAUUAGCAAAUCCCAGAACCAGGUUUGUUAGAAUUAACUGCUCAACCAGAUUGUAUUGAAAAUGGUCUGAAGUCAAAGAUGACAGACGCAAACGGGCUAAAUUGCUCAGUUAAUUCUUCCAUUUCUCUUCCUCCUACUUGUUCUAGCUUCAGGGAGGACUCAGGAGAGUACUGUUUGAAAACCACUGAUCUAGUUUACACUUUCAUUUUACAGAGAGGAAACUGAGAGCCACGGAGAUUCAAGUGACUCAUCCAAGAUGACCCAAACCCUGGGGUUUGUUAUUGUUUUUCACACUAUGCAAAGCACUAAAAAACAUUCAUUUGAAACAGGUGAACAAAAGUCUAAUUUGUAGUGAGGUCUGGGGGAAUGACUGUCCAGUCAAUUCCUCAAUUCAUGAAGGAGCAUUUGGGACGCCACAGAGGAACAUACACAGGUAUCCCUCCUCCUACCCGACACCAUUCAGGAAGAGCGGUUACCCCUCCAAUGCACUGAAGCAGAUUCAUUUCCCUCAGGACUGUGGGAGGCGACUGAGGCUGAGUGAAUGAUACAGCCUUUUAAUUUGUUUUUAAUUGUCGUGUCCUGGUAACCCUUCCAAAGACCCUUCACGGAGAGUAGUUUUAUUUUUCCACUUAUUAACCGCAUUCACUAGACUGGAAAAAGAAUUCCCUAUCUCCCAAGAACUCUCCCUUUCAUUCUUGUAAUUCCUUUUUUUUUUUUUUUUUUUUUAGCACCAGGAAAGUAAUGUGUGUAAAACUAGAGCCAAGUAUAUUGUGGUUUCAAAUACAAGCCUGUUUGGAGCAGAAGCCCGUGGGAUUGCUGCGUUUCAGCCUCAGGGGAUGGCCCGCUGAUGGCCUAGGCCUGUGAAAGGGAGGGGCUUGAAUGGCCCUUUGAUUCAGCCCAAAUCUGGGGGUGGAGGGUGGGGAAGGGGCAGGCCUGUUAUUUGACACUCUCUGUUGGGCUUGGCCCAGGCCUCACUCCUUAUGCAGGCCUCCCUGGAGCCUGCAAGCCCUCUCUGAGGAUGCACUGACUUAGCAAGGGCUGAAAUGUGUAACAUUCUUUGCUGCUUAGGAAGUAGACCAGCAAUCCCCAGGGCUCGCGAAUUCCCUGCGCUUUGAGAAUGGUGCUCUUUAUAACGUUCCCCAUCCAAACACACACACAGACACGCUACACACACAUACCCCAAACAUACAUACACACGCACACACACACUCCACACACACCCAAACAUACACGUACACACACACUCCACACACACACCCCCAAUAUACAUACACAUGCACACAAUAGACACACACCCAAACAUGCACACACACUCGCCACACACACACCCAAAUAAACACACAUGCGCAAACUACACACACAUUACACACACACCCAUACACACACAUCCAAAAAUACACGCACAAACUACACACAUACUACACACACACCCAAACAUACACACACGUGCACACACACGCUCCACACACACAUCCCAACAUACACUCUACACACGCGCCACACACACCCCAUACACACACGCACACAAUCCACACAUACACUCCACAUACACACACUAACCCAAACAUACACACUCUACACACACACCACACACGUCGCAAACAUACACACACACUCUACACACACCCAAACAUACACAUGCACACACACUACACACACAUUCCAAACAUACAUACUCACACACAUUCUAUACACAGUACACACACGCUCUAUACACACACUAUACACACACUUUAUACACAUACCCCAAAACACACUCUACACACACCUACACACACACCCAAACACACACACUCCACACACCUAUACACAUACUCUACACACACGCACUCCACAGACACAGACUCCCAAAUAUAAAUAUACACACACACCCAUACACAUACAUGCACACACACUACACACACCCCCCAAACAUACAUACACACACUCCACACACACACUCCCCACACACGCUCCAUACACACACACUCCACACACACACACCCCAUACACACACACUCUACACACACACUCCACACACAAACCUCCCGAAACAUACACAUAUACACACACUCAAUAUGCACUCACACCUCCCACACACUAUACACACACCCCACACACCCAAACAUACACACACACGUGCCACACACACACCCAAACAUACAUAUACACACACUCCACACACACGCCCCAUACACACAUCCAUACACAUACACACACUCUACACGCACACACCCAAACAUACACAUACACACACUCCACACACACCCCCCAAACAUACACACACCCACACAUAUGCACACACACUCCACACACACUCCACACACUAUAAACGCUCCAUGCACACACUACACACACCCAUACACACACACACACGCACCUAAAUAUACACAUACACACACGCUCUACACACACACUGCACACACUAUACACACACUACACACACCCAAACAUACACACACCCCCCCAACAUACACACAUGCACACAGAAACUCCACACACACUUUACACACACACUCCACACACACACCCCAAACACACACAUGCACACACACACUCCACACACACCCCAAACACACAUGCACACACACACUCCACACACACACCCCAAACACACAUGCACACGCACACUCCACACACACACUUUACACACACACUCCACACACACACAUCCCAACAUACACACACUCCACACACUCCAUAUACACAUACACAUAAAUAUACACACACACCAAAUAUAUGCACACUCUCCAUACACAUACUCUACACACACACUCCAUAACACACACACUCACACACACAUAUCUACACACACACCCCAAACAUAUACACACACCAUGUAUACACACUCCACACACUCCGCAAACACACACACAGAACCUAAACAUUCACAUCCACACACACACUCCCAAACAACAUCCACACACAUAUCUACACACACACCCCAAACAUAUACACACACCAUGUAUACACACUCCACACACUCCGCAAACACACACACACAGAACCUAAACAUUCACAUCCACACACACACUCCCAAACAACAUCCACACACACACUACACACAAAAACACAUUCACACAUACAAAUCACACACACAUACACACAAUACAUGCAUACACCCUCCCACACCCCAUACAUACACCCUCCACACACUCUCUACACACACACACACUCCACAUACCUCACACAUACACACCCCAUACAUACACACUCUGCACACACACACACACACACACACAUCCUACACACUUUACUAUGGCAUUAACCAUUUGUGUGUUUGCUAGCUGAUUUUAAGGUAUUUAUUAUCGUUGUUUGCAUGGAAAACCUGAGAAUAGACAGGCAUAUUAUCAGAAUUAAUAACAGGGCUUACCAAGAGUAAGAAGUAAAUGCAGUACCACGAGUAUAGCCCUGGAUGCUGGAGAAUGAGUUUGAAUCCUGGCUUCACCACUUAUGAUGGAAUCUACUUAAGUUCUCUGCACUUCUUUGGACUUCAGUUUCCUCAUCUAUAAAUAGUUAUAAUAAUAAGAUCUCCCUCACUGGGUCAUUGUGAGAUUGAAUGCAUGUCAUCCAUGUAAAAUGCCUAGAACAGUGCCUGACACAUAGUAAGAGUUAUAUGAAUGUCUGCUAUUAUGAUAAGGUAGUAUGAUAUUCUGCUAUGGCUUUGAGAUCAAUAUGCAAAAAUUGAUAGUAUUCUAAACACUGCAACAAAUAGCGAAAAUAUAUAAUUUGUAAAAGAUCACUUUUAUAUAACUUGUAAUAGCAUAAAAAUAAGGUACCUAGGAAUAAAUCUAACAAAUGAGGUGCAUGAUCUUUAAAAAGAAAAUUAUACAAUUUUAUCAAAUGUAAUUAAAGAGACUG